GUAGCUAAUAGACUGAACUCACGGAGCAAACAGCACUGCACUCAAUAUAAAGAAAAAGAGAGCAUACUGUGAAGGCUUUUCAAGAAUUCUCUAGUAUGGCUAAGCAAAGCUGUUUCCAGUUACAUCAGGUAAUAUCCUUAUUUGCUUUUGCCUUUGGAGUUAAUGUCUGUGUAGGAUUUACAGCAAAUCGAUUCAGAAGAUCUGAAGACUGGGAUGAGGGCACAAUCUCAGUCCUGUCAGAUUCCCCCUGGAUCAGUACUUCUGGGUCCUGUAAAAGCAGAUGCUUUGAGCUUCAAGAGGCUGCCCCGGGCUGCCGUUGUGACAACCUGUGCAAGAGCUACAACAGUUGCUGCUUCGACUUCGAUGAACUAUGCCUUCAGGACUCUCGAGGCUGGGAAUGUACCAAAGAUCGCUGUGGAGAGGCAAGGAAUGAAGAGAAUGCCUGUCAUUGCUCUGAAGACUGCUUGACAGAGGAGGACUGUUGUACUAAUUAUCAAGCUGUAUGCAAAGGAGAAACUCACUGGGUGGAUGAUGACUGUGAAGAGAUAAAAUCUCCUGAAUGCCCAGCUGGGUUUUGUUCGCCUCCUUUGAUACUCUUCUCUGUCGAUGGCUUCCGUGCAUCAUACAUGAAGAAAGGGCAGUAAGGUCAUGCCCAACAUGAAAAACUAAGAUCAUGUGGAACACAUUCUCCCUAUAUGAGACCUGUAUAUCCUACAAAAACCUUCCCUAACUUGUACACCCUGGCUACUGGACUCUAUCCUGAAUCACAUGGAAUUGUUGGCAAUUCAAUGUAUGACCCCGUAUUUGAUGCCAGCUUCAGUCUUCGAGGGCGAGAGAAAUUCAAUCACAGAUGGUGGGGAGGUCAACCAAUAUGGAUUACUGCUACCAAGCAAGGGGUGAAAGCUGUCUUCUUCUGGUCUGUCGUCAUCCCUCAUGAACGCAGAAUAUUAACAAUACUGCAGUGGCUCACCCUACCAGACAAUGAAAGGCCUUAUGUUUAUGCUUUCUACUCCGAACAACCAGAUGCUGCUGGUCACAGAUAUGGUCCUUUUGGCUCUGAGAUGAUAAAUCCCCUAAGGGAGAUUGACAAGACUUUAGGACAAUUAAUGGAUGGACUGAAGCAGCUGAAGCUACAUCGAUGUGUCAAUGUUAUCUUUGUUGGAGACCAUGGAAUGGAGGACACCACUUGUGAAAGAACUGAAUUUUUGAGUAACUAUCUGACUAAUGUAGAAGAUAUCGUAUUGGUGCCUGGGUCUUUAGGACGCAUUCGCCCUCGAUCUAAUAAUAAUCUGAAAUAUGACCCUAAAGUAAUUGUUGCCAACCUCACAUGUAGAAAGCCAGACCAGCACUUUAAACCUUAUUUGAAACAGCACCUUCCCAAGCGUUUGCACUAUGCUUACAACAGAAGAAUUGAGGAUAUUCACUUACUGGUGGACAGAAGAUGGCAUGUGGCAAGGAAAUCCAUGGAUGUUUAUAAGAAACUAUCAGGAAAAUGCUUCUUCCAUGGCGAUCAUGGAUAUGACAACAAGAUCAAUAGUAUGCAGACUGUCUUUGUAGGCUAUGGUCCCACAUUCAAGCACAAGGCCAAAGUACCUCCAUUUGAAAAUAUUGAACUUUACAACGUUAUGUGUGAUCUGCUUGGAUUAAAGCCCGCUCCUAAUAAUGGAACUCAUGGAAGUUUAAAUCACUUGCUGAGGAACAAUGCGUUUAAACCGACCAUGCCAGAUGAAGUCGCAAGGCCGCUCUAUCCUGUCGCUGCAUUUUCUGCAUCUGAAUUUGAUUUGGGCUGUACAUGUGAUGACAAGAACAAGUUGGAUGAACUCAAUAAGCGCUUUCAUGUCAAAGGAACAGAAGAGAAACACCUCCUGUAUGGACGUCCUGCGGUGCUUUAUCGUACCAAGUACAAUAUUUUACACCACCAAGACUUUGAAAGUGGUUACAGUGAAACAUUCCUGAUGCCUCUUUGGACAUCGUACACUAUUUCAAAACAGGCAGAGGUAUCUGGUGUCCCUGAGCAUCUGUCUAACUGUGUGAGGCCUGAUCUGCGCAUUUCUCCAGGAAACAGUCAGAGCUGUUCAGCCUACAGAGCAGAUAAACAAAUGACUUAUGGAUUCCUUUUUCCUCCUCAACUAAGUUCCUCUGCAGAAGCUAAAUAUGAUGCCUUUCUAAUAACAAAUAUCAUUCCAAUGUAUCCUGCCUUCAAAAAGGUAUGGAAUUAUUUUCAAAGGGUUUUGGUGAAGAGGUAUGCAACUGAACGAAAUGGAGUAAAUGUCAUAAGUGGACCAAUCUUCGAUUAUGACUAUGAUGGUUUACAUGACACACCAGAAAAGAUAAAACAGUAUGUGGAAGGCAGUUCAGUUCCAGUUCCAACUCAUUACUACAGUAUCAUAACUAGCUGUUUAGAUUUCACUCAGCCCGCUGAUAAAUGCGAUGGGCCACUAUCCGUUCUUUCAUACAUACUUCCCCACCGGCCUGACAAUGAUGAGAGCUGCAAUAGCUCAGAGGAAGAAUCCAAAUGGGUUGAAGAUCUCCUGAAGAUGCACACCGCACGAGUGCGUGACAUUGAACAAAUUACUAGCUUGGACUUCUUCCGAAAGACCAGCCGAAGCUACACAGAAAUUCUCUCCCUAAAGACAUACUUGCAUACGUUUGAAAGUGAAAUUUAACUUUCUAAUUUUACUCAGUGCAUCCUUCUGUCAACUGGUGUAUAUUUUUAUAUUGUUUUUAUAUUUAUUAAUUUGAAACCAGGACAUUAAAAAUUAGUGUUUUAAUUCUGUAUCAAAUCUUAAAUAUUAAGCCCUUGUGUCAGUUGUUUUGUUUCUCUAAUGUUUAAUGUAGGUUUGGGUUUUUAAUGUGCUUGUAAUACUGCAGCUUGCAUCCUUAGUCACAGUUUUUAAGUGGUGCUGCAGAAUCGAUACUUGCAUUGAGGAAAUAUUAAUUUUCCAGUGCUCCUUUGCCACGUUUGUAGUCCUGUACUGUAUAUCAAAAUACUGAACAUGUAAAAUUACAUUAAUUUACUGUUAACUAUGUGACAAAUAUUUAAACCCUUUAGACAAAAAAUCUUAAACAUAAUAAACCACACAUUCAGUUUUUAA